UUGGUUUGUUCCUACAUGUCGUAAAGUUUUCUUCCGCGUUGAGCACAGUGUGAGCCUGACACAAAGAGGGGAGGCGAAGAGUGUCAAUAUGGCAGACAUGGACGCUGAGACCACCACCCACACCGAGCCCAUGGUGGACGAAGAGGAGCCUCUUUUCAGCAACCUGGACAUUUUCCUCUUCUCCCUGAUUAUUGGCCUUGUCAUUUAUUGGUUCAUGUCCCGCAAGAAGCCUGAGCCCAUCCCCGAAUUUAAGAAGCUUGACACACCAGCACCCACCACAAGAGAGACCAGUUUCAUUGAGAAAAUGAAGAAAACAGGCAAGAACAUCAUUGUGUUCUACGGCUCCCAGACGGGCACAGCAGAGGAAUUUGCUAACAGACUGUCCAAAGACGCUCAGCGCUACGGCAUGAAAGGAAUGGCUGCUGAUCCGGAGGAGUACGAAAUGGGGGAGCUUUCCCGGCUGUCUGAGAUUGAAAACUCCCUCGCCAUUUUUUGUAUGGCCACGUAUGGUGAAGGAGACCCAACAGAUAACGCCCAGGACUUCUAUGAUUGGCUGCAGGAAAAUGAUGAUGAAGACCUCUCUGGACUAAACUACACUGUAUUUGCUUUGGGCAACAAGACUUAUGAACACUACAAUGCAAUGGGAAAAUACGUUGACAAAAGGCUGGAAGAACUUGGUGCCAAGCGCAUCUUUGACCUUGGCUUAGGAGAUGAUGACGGAAAUCUGGAAGAGGACUUCGUUUCAUGGAGAGAGCAGUUCUGGCCGGCCGUCUGUGAGCACUUUGGAGUGGAAGCCUUAGGAGAUGAAUCGAGCAUACGGCAGUACGAGCUUAAGGAGCACUCUGACAUCAACAUGAACAAAGUCUACACAGGAGAGAUUGGGCGCCUGAAGAGUUUCGAGGCCCAAAAGCCGCCCUUUGAUUCAAAAAACCCUUUCCUUGCACCAGUCACUGUCAAUCGCAAACUUAACAAAGCUGGUGAUAGACAUAUUAUGCACCUGGAACUGGACAUAACAGGCUCCAAGAUCAGAUAUGAGUCAGGAGACCACGUUGCUGUUUUCCCAACAAAUGACUCUGCGUUGGUGAACAAACUGGGACAAAUCCUUGGAGUGGACCUUGAUGUGGUUAUCUCUCUAAACAACCUUGAUGAGGAGUCCAACAAGAAGCAUCCUUUCCCCUGCCCCACCACCUACCGCACAGCGCUCACUCACUACCUGGACAUCACACACCCUCCUCGCACCAAUGUCCUCUAUGAGCUGGCACAGUACGCCUCUGAACCCAAAGACCAGGACAAUAUGCGCAAGAUGGCCUCUUCUUCACCUGAGGGCAAGGCACUUUACCAGAAUUGGGUGUUGGAUGCGAGUAGAAACAUCCUCGCCAUCCUGGAGGAUAUGCCCUCUUUAAAGCCUCCCAUAGACCACCUGUGUGAGCUGCUGCCUCGUCUCCAGGCUCGCUAUUAUUCCAUCGCUUCCUCCUCAAAGGUUCACCCCAACAGCAUCCACAUCUGUGCAGUAGUGGUGGAGUACGAAACCCCUACUGGCCGCAUCAAUAAGGGAGUGGCCACCAACUGGCUGAAGAACAAACUGGUCACUGAUAACGGCCACAAGUCCACGGUUCCCAUGUACAUCCGCAAAUCUCAGUUCCGCCUGCCCUUCAAAGCCACCAACCCAGUGAUCAUGAUCGGCCCCGGGACAGGAAUCGCUCCCUUCAUGGGCUUCAUUCAAGAGAGGGGCUGGCUCAAAGAGCAAGGAAAGGAGGUUGGAGAGACAGUGAUGUAUUUUGGCUGCAGAUAUAAGAACGAGGAUUAUAUCUACCAGGAGGAGCUGGAGGAAGCAGAGACGAAUGGAGUUGUAACGCAGCUUAAUGUUGCCUUCUCCAGAGACCAGGAGCAGAAGGUGUACGUGCAGCAUCUCCUGAAGAAAAAUAAGGAGGACAUCUGGAGGCUGAUACACACAGACAAUGCUCAUAUCUACGUUUGCGGGGAUGCAAGAAACAUGGCUAAGGACGUGCAGACGGCCCUUCAUGAGAUAGGAGAAGAACUGGGAGGCAUGACGCGCACUCAGGCCACAGAUUACAUCAAGAAACUGAUGACAAAGGGACGCUACUCACAAGACGUCUGGAGUUAAAGAGCCUUAGUCUCACUACUCAAGUAGUGUUUUUAAAUUUUCUAUUUUUGCGGUGUGUCUUGUUUAUUCAGGACUGAAUUUAAAAAACAUUUAACCCUUGUUCAUCACCCUGGUUCAAGAAAGCUACAGGUAGCAGAAGAUCGUGAGGCAAGCACUACCUCAGCAGGUCGAUAAACACAUUCAGCAGGUUAAGUCUGUAUUUUCUUUGUGUGCUAUGUUAUGUAUCUGGACCACCAGUCUGUGUGUCUGCUGGGGUCUUCACUUUAAGCCGUGGUCUCAGAGCAAACAGCCCCGUACGGGUUCCAGAGACCAUUCAGAGUCUCUGAUAAAAAUUAACGAAUUUGUGUAAUUGACUCUGUGCGUUCGGGGGUUGGGUGUCGGACCCCGCUGGCUUUAAAUUCCUCUUUCUAUCAUGCAAAUUCAGCAAAGAGUCAUCUUCAUUUUCAGAUUUAAAGUGGAAACAGGCAAUUUUUCCUCCCCCUAUAGCAUUUCCAAUAGGUAUUAUUGUUGGCGUUGCUGUCGCAACAACAAUCUGAUUUCCUCAGAGUCGAGCAGUGGGGCCUUUUUUCUCUUGCCGGGCAGAGUUUUUAACACUUACUUUGAUUGUUCCACUGUCCCCCAUUUCCGCUCCUGGGAAUAGUGACUGCAAAAAAACAUCAAUGACAUCAAUGCUGUUUGGUAGCCGGGGAUGGCUACAGAGGAAAACAAAAGCUCUACCCUCUUCCUUUUUUUCAAUUGUUUUAAAGAUUAUUUUUCUGGGCUUUUAUGCCUUUAAUUGGAUAGAAAAGGUGAAGAGGGGAGCGAGAGAGAGAGAGGGGGGAGGCAACAUGCAGCAAAGGGCUAAGGCUGGAAUCAAACCCACGGCUGCUGCAGCGAGGACAAAGCCUCUGUACAUGGGGCGUCUGCUCUAUCCACCAAACCACCGGGCGCCCCACCCUCUUCCUUUUUUGGUUGCACAAUGGUUGACAUACUUCCUUUGUGCUUUGUGGCCUUUGUUUUCCCUGGAGAUCGUACCUGGCAGCAGAGAGAACUGCGUAGUGAAACCAGACUUAAAGAGAACCACUCUAAACGCAGAGGGUGUCAUUAUUUAGUAGCUAUUACAUUGUGCAAUCAACAUUUACUCCAUAAUGAUGACUUAAAGCCAUAAAACUUUGUCUAUUUCCACUUUUAUCUUGAUUAGAUUCAUUUUUAUAUGAAUGAAUCAACCGGAGCAGCUUUACAGACAGAUGAUGACUCGGACUGGGUCAGGGAUUUGCUGUGCCCCACAUCUGGAUGCACAUGACAUAAUUCCACUGUGAACUUUCACAUUUGAAUAAGAAAUGGAGAAAGCUCCUUCAUUUUGCCAUAGUGAGAUAUUUGUAGCGUUCAUCUAACUGAUUAACGGACUGUGGACAUAACAUCACAUCACUACAGAUCAUAUAUCGAAGUGAAUCUAAGGAGCGUUGUGUGUUCCUGUUGCAGCGUGAGCACUCAGAAGUUUUAGACAUGAAAGGGUGAUGACUUCAGUUUUUCUCGGAGCUGAUCAUGUCGUAUUUUUGAAAGUACUUACAAUACAUUCAAUGUUUUAGAAAAUGUGUAAAAAAUUUUGUGAAGAAAAUAUUUGAUGUAACAAAAUAGGUACAAUUACAUUUACCUUUGUAUUUUGACAAGGGAUUUUGCCUCUUAUGCAGAUGUUGCUGUUCAUUUUAAUCAGUAACGGUAACCUUUUGAGAGGCACAAAAAGUGGUGCAAAGGGUAAGAUCAUUUAUAGAAAAGAACAUUAGAUUAAAUACAUUUUAUUUCCCAUAAAAGCCUGCCUUCAAACAUGACGAAAAUGAAUCUGUUGGUACCCUGUAAAUUUUGUAAAAUGUUAAUUGAAAUGUUGGCCUUCAAACCGCAUCUGGCCUCCCGAAUGGUGGUUUGUUUUAUAUGCAUCUGACAGCAGAGGAGGAUGAAGAGUUUGUCACAUGGCAGUAACACUCAAACCAGACAGUCACCUCCAUUUGAUUAUCUCUAUUUUUUCUAUUUUAUUUUGUCCAAUCAUAUAUGCACCACUACAUAGAGAAGAUGCACAGACAUAUCAAAACAUUUUGUCUCAGCAUCUCUGUCAGUUUUCAUCUCAGUAUGUUUGUUAGAAUAUGGUGAGUUUGAGGAGUUAAAAGUGCAGCCUGUGCCUUUUUAAUACUGCCUUAUGUAUUAAGUUAGCAUUUAAACCCUGACGCUGUUUUUUCUUCCAUGCUUAUCUUGUGAUAGCAAGUCACUUUACCCAGUACUGUCACUUUUUUUGUCAUUCCAAUUUGUGAUGUAAUUAUUUGAUUUUAUCAAGGCAUGCAU